AUGGAGCCUCCACUGCUGCGCUGUCUGUUUGCGCUGUUUUUGCUCACUUUUGCGCAUUCCGUUUUGGGGUCCAACAUCUGCACGUCUCGAGGGGUGACUACUUGCCGUCAGUGUUUGGCCGUGGACCCGAGCUGCGCCUGGUGUUUUCAGGAGGAGUUUGGUAAAGGAGGCUCCGGAGUGUCCCGCUGUGACUUGAAGACAAACUUGGAGAAACUGGGCUGUGUCUCUGUGGAGUUCCCUCUGAGCUCUUUAAAGAUCCAACAGAACGAUCCGCUCAGCGACAAGGUGUCCGGCAGCAAAGCCACUCAGAUCCGCCCCCAAAGGAUACACAUGGUACUGCGGCCAGGUGACACUAAACGCUUCACGGUGUCUGUCAAACAAGUGGAGGAUUACCCAGUUGACCUGUACUACCUCAUGGACCUGUCCUACUCCAUGAAGGACGAUCUGAGCAAACUCGUCAAACUCGGCAACAAACUGGCCCUGGCCAUGGGUGAAACCACCAGCAACCUGCGCAUGGGCUUCGGGGCCUUUGUGGACAAGACCACGUCCCCCUACAUGGACAUGUUCCCAACGGCUGUCACCAACCCCUGUGCAAGCAUCAGUGAUACCUGCCAGGCUCAGUUUGGCUUUAAGCACGUGCUGCCACUGACGGAGCAAGUGUCCCGCUUCACUGAGGAGGUGAAGAAGCAGCAAGUGUCCAGGAACAGGGACUCCCUGGAGGGAGGCUUCGACGCCAUCAUGCAGGCCGUGGUGUGCAAGGAUCAGGUCGGCUGGCGCCCGGACGCGUCGCACCUGCUGGUCUUCACCACAGAUGCCAACACACACACGGCGUUGGACGGACGAAUCGCAGGCAUCGUCCAACCGAACGACGGACUGUGUCACCUGGACAACAACAACAUCUACAACAAAACUACUGUGCUGGAUUACCCCUCUAUGGCGCUUAUGACUGAGAAACUGUCUGAACACAACAUUAAUCUGAUUUUUGCUGUGACUGGUGUCGUGGUGCCUCUGUACAAGGAGUACAGUCAGCUUAUUUCUGGGACGACUGUGGGAAUGCUCGACCAGGACUCUGGGAAUGUUAUUGGACUCAUUCAAGAGGCCUAUGCGAAAAUUCGGUCUAAAGUGGAACUGGAUCUUGUUGGCGUCCCGGAGGAGUUGAACUUGGCCUUCAUUGCCACCUGCCUCAACGGAGAGGUCAUCCCUGGCCUCAGAUCCUGCUCCGGACUCAAAAUUGGAGACACCGUCUCUUUCAGUGUGGACGCCCAGUUGCGCAGUUGUCCCAAAGAGAAGAGCCGCACGUUUAAAAUCAAACCUCUGGGCUUCAAAGACUCUCUAGAGGUGACAGUGGACUUCGCCUGCAGCUGUGAAUGUGAAGGCAGCGCUCAGCCCGACAGCGCCCUCUGCAGUCAGGGCAACGGCACGUUCGAAUGCGGCGUGUGCCAGUGUCACCCGGGGCGACUGGGGCCCCACUGCGAGUGCUCCGUGGAGGACUACAGACCCUCGGACGAUGCAAACUGUGUGGCCUCGUCAGACGGCCCCAUGUGCAGCGGGCGAGGCGAUUGUCUGUGCGGUCAGUGCACGUGUCACGCCAACGACUUUGGACAAGUGUGGGGGCGCUACUGCGAGUGCGACGACUUCAACUGCCUGCGCUACAAGGGCGCGCUGUGUUCGGAUCACGGGAAGUGCAACUGCGGCUUUUGCCAGUGUGAGGCGGGAUGGAAGGGGGAGAACUGCAACUGCACCACGCGCACAGACACCUGCAUGUCCAGCAUCGGCCUCCUGUGCAGCGGCCGCGGUAACUGCGAGUGCGGGGUGUGUCAGUGCACCCAACCCGGGGCCUACGGAGCCACGUGUGACAAGUGCCCCACCUGCCCCGACUCCUGCACCAUCAAGCAGAAGUGUGUGGAGUGUCAGCACUUCAAGAGAGGACAGUACAUCAAGGACGACAGCUGCAACAGGAUCUGCAGAGAUGAGAUCAUUGUCGUGGACAAUUUAGGUGAAGCGAUCGGUGCCGUUUCCAAAGACAGUAACGCGGUCAACUGCUCGUACAAAGACGAAAAUGACUGUGUGCAGAACUUCCAAUACUACGAAGACGAGAGCGGAAAAUCUAUCCUUUAUGUGGUCAAAGAACCAGUUUGUCCGGAGGGCGCUGACGUCUUGGUGGUCUCGUUGGCUGUGGCGGGGGCCAUCCUGCUGCUUGGGCUCAUUGCACUCCUUAUAUGGAAACUGGUGAUUAGCAUCCACGACCGGCGCGAGUACGCAAAGUUUGAGGAGGAGCGCUCCAAAGCCAAAUGGGACACGGCACACAACCCGCUGUAUAAAGGAGCCACUUCCACCUUCCAAAACGUGGCGUACCAAGGCAAUUAG